AUGGCUUUUGAACACGCUCGUUCACAUGGAAGGAAAGGAAUCGAAGAGGUGAAUUUCAUCACUGAACGGGACCUUGAGCUUGUUAUUCGCCUUUGCCAAAAGUUCACGAGUUGGUUGAAUCAGAUAAUAUCUCCCAGAGAUGAAUUCAGGGGAGGAUCGAUGAAGGCCGCGCAAUACUCCCAAUCUGACCACUACACCAUAAAGCUUCUUGCGCAGAAUAUCAGCACCCUUUGGCUGCUCAUCGCUGCCUUUGCAGCGCACGCGGAGAUCGAAGUCGACCCCAUCCUGCGCUUUUUUAAUGCCGAGGAGGGAUGGUUGGCGAGCGGGCUCGGCCCAAUUACGCACGUGAGCUACUGCCGCGCGCUCUCCACACUCAUUCACGUCCUCCUGACGAUUCGCCGAAACGAUUUCAACAACACUGAGGUCAUCGCUGCGCAGUUGGUGUGGGGGAGGCUCGCUCGCCGCCCGAAAUACCGCUGGGAGGCGUUUAAGCUUCUUUACUUCGCCGUGAAAGGGUUUCAGGACGUCCCGGAACACCCUGACAACGCCGUUUUCGGGCAGCUUCUGAUGAUGACCUGCACAAUGGCCGCCGUGGAGGAUUGCCUCGCGUUGGGCAACCAAACGAACGCGGCGAGGAUCGCGUCGGGCUCACGAAGGGAGGCUGGCGUGAAAAAUACCCGGCAGGCGCUCUCACACCACCUCGACGAGGUCAUGAACGAAAGCCUUAUCCCAAGUGAUGGGGGAUCGCCGAUGGUUUCGUACUUUCAGCUUUUAGUGCUCGCCACAGUCCGAGGAAUGCAGACGGCGGAUUUGACCGACGACGACGCCCUGCGGCGCCGGGCGCGGAUUACACAGCUCACCGAUGAGCCCAGUGUCCAGGAUUCCCCGGACGUGCUUCGUCUUUUGCUAGCCUGUUCUUAUAGGAUGUCGACAAGUGAGGGCCUUGUUCAACACGACUUGCUCUCCUUUCCAUCCGUGAUUGCUUUGCAGAUGGGAAUGAACCGGUAUCUCUUUCAGAGUGUGGGGUUCGAGCUCUUUUGCAAGGAGGGCGCGAAUGAUCCAUCAGCUCAGACAGUGAACAUGCUCUUUUCUUUCCAGCCCCUUUUGUCAAGGGAAUGGGUUGAGCUUGUUAUUUCCACCACCUCGGAACUACUGCGGGAUGCUACGGAGUCUGGUCCUCUAACGACGAUGUCUACGACCGCGGAAAGGGAGAUGAGUCCCCUUCCUUUGAAGGAGGGAGGCUCUGGGAUGGCUAUGCGCGACACCCUGCUGGAGGUCCUCUCCCGUAUCAUCCAGACCAUCUACGACGCCAACCACGCCUACCACCGCGCCCACGCCGACGUCAUGGCGGGAAUGUUCACCCCCUCCACGGCAGGGGGGCCGUCCCACGGCCUGUGGGAGAUGACCCACGCCGCGGUGGAGUUGUUAUUCCUCUAUUUCGCGAAGGAUGAGCUUCUGCUCGGGGCGGACCUCCUCGCACGGCUGGAGGACCUCGCGCGGAUCUACGCGCUCCGGGUGAGCACCCCGAUCCGCGCGGCGCCCUCCGGGCCCGAGGCCCGCGCCCUCCCCCGGAUCCCCCACCGCCUGACCUGGCUGACGGACCAGAUGAAGGCCCAGGCCCUCCAGCGCGUCCUCACCCACCGCCUGGUGCCCCUGACCGCAGACCUGGGCCGAAGGGGGGGGGGGGGGGCGUAUUACAGGCCGGCCUGGUGGAGGCCUAUUUGCGUGCCAUGGCGAACCCCAUCCCCGCCUUUGUGA